UACAGAGUGGAAACCGAUUAUAUCGUUGAUCCGUCCAUAUAAAAUAAAUAUUAGUGGAUCUGCGCAGCGUCUGCUUUUCUUUAAAACGGAUGCCCGUGAAGAAACUACUUCACGGAUGAGGCGGAGAAAGCUGACGUUUAGUUUCCGGGUGAAAAGAGACAACGUGGAGGAACACGGAACCGUCUAGAAACUAGUGGAAGGAGCGGUGCAGAGUUGGCGUGGCGUUGGGGCAAAUAUCCUGAAUAGGUUACACAUAGAUUUGCUAACUGUCUGAUUUGGUAAAUAAUGUCGGUGAUAGAGCAGGAAGAUGUGCGAGGUGGAAAAGCCGUUUUUAAAGAGAUAAGCGCGGACGACGAUGAUGUGCAACCCACUGUUAUCGAGAGUUUGUGUAUGAACUGCUACGAAAAUGGAAGCACUCGUCUGUUGCUGACGAAAAUUCCCUUCUUCAAAGAGAUAAUCAUCAGUUCGUUCACAUGUGCCCAUUGCAACUGGUCCAACACCGAAAUUCAAUCAGCUGGCCGCAUCCAGGACCAGGGAGUGACGUACACGCUCCGCGUCCGAUCAAAGGAGGACCUGAACCGAGAGGUGGUGAAGGCAGACAGUGCGACCACCAGAAUCCCGGAGCUGGACUUUGAAAUUCCCGCCUACACACAGAAAGGGUCUCUCUCCACUAUUGAGGGCCUGUUAGACCGGGCUGCAGCUGGACUCGAGCAGGACCAGCCCCUGCGGAAGGCAACUGCCCCUGAGGUCGCUGAAAAAAUUGAGGAAUUCAUUGAGAAGUUGAAGAAGCUGAAGGACGUGGAGAGUGAAUUUACCUUGAUAAUUGACGACCCAUCUGGGAACAGUUUUGUGGAGAAUCCACACGCCCCGCAGAAAGAUGAGGCGCUCAUCGUGUCGCACUAUAAGAGGACCCCCCAGCAGGAUGUCCAGCUGGGGAUAAAGGCAGAGGAGGACAUAGAAGAGGAUGAAGGCGGAAAGCCAGGGAAUGACAUUGACACUUUAAGGAAUGAGGUCCUGGUGUUUAACACCAACUGCCCAGAAUGCAAUGCUCCAGCUUCCACAAAUAUGAAGCUAGUCCAAAUACCUCACUUUAAAGAAGUAAUCAUCAUGGCAACCAACUGCGACAGCUGUGGACACCGGACUAAUGAGGUGAAAUCUGGGGGAGCCACUGAAGCAUUAGGAACCAAAAUAACCCUCCACCUCACAGACCUCUCAGACAUGACUCGAGACCUGCUGAAGUCAGAGACGUGCAGUGUCCUGAUACCUGAGCUGGAGUUUGAGCUGGGCAUGGCAGCUCUCGGCGGGAAGUUCACCACGCUGGAGGGCCUCCUCAAAGACAUCAAAGAGCUGGUUGUUUCAAAAAACCCCUUCAUUUGUGGAGAUAGUGGCACAUCGGAUCGAGCUGAGAAACUAGAGCUCUUUGGCAAGAAGAUUGACCAGAUCAUUGCUGGGGAAAUGGAGGUACACAUCAUUCUGGAUGACCCAGCGGGGAACAGCUAUCUACAGAACGUGUAUGCCCCAGACCCAGACCCAGAGAUGAAGGUGGAGAAGUACGAACGGACGUUCCUGCAGAACGAAGACCUGGGUCUGAAUGACAUGAAAACGGAGGGGUAUCAGGACGAGAGCGUGCGCUCGUAGCCAAAGAACGAAAGAUGUGGAAGAGACGGAGGAGAGGAAAGCUAAGACAAUGUACACCGCCGAAAAAAUAAUCAAUUUUAAAAGAUUGCAGAAACAGGCACAACAACAAAUUCGUGUUCCCAACAUUCUUCAGAAAAAAGGAUAGUGUUCAUAACUACAGCUGCAGUUAAUAGUGGCUUUGGAUGUAAAGAGGUAAUGCAGUUGCUGGCAGAGCUAUAAGUUUUUAUUUUGUAUCACACUAAUUAUUUGCGAAUGGAACUUUUUUUUUUGGUUUGCUCUUACAGGGGACAUUGAUUUCAUCAGCCAGACAUGAAGCGUUACCAGCUAUGGAAAAUAUGCACAGUACAUGUGCUCAGUGUGAAUGCUACCCGUUAUAAGUUAAGAGUUCAAAUAAGUAAGUGAGCUGCUGUGAAUAAUUUUCUCUAUAUUUGCAUUUGUGCAAAG